AUGCCAACUUCUUCCUCAGCUGCUCCUGACUCGCGUUUGACUGAGCUUGGACAACCCUCACAAAUGGACGGGUGCUGCCCCCCUUCUUCUGGGCCCGAAGAAGAAGCUGCAUCCAACAUGUCUGCACGCUCGGACAGCUUGGGGAGCAGCAGCUGUGUGUUUUCUUCCGACGCCUCACACCAGCCCGUGACGGGAGAUGACUGUGCAGAACUUCUCCUGGCCUGUCUGCACUGUCGCUCCCACCAGCUCCUGCGCCUGCUGCAGGACACAACAUGGAGGUUGGCCACGCGCUGCUGGCCUGCACUGGAUUACGUCGCUCAGUCCAGUCAGCAGGACCACCGGGGAUUUGAGGGCUGGAACUGCGAUCUGGGACCGGACUGGGACUUUUGCAACUCCUGCCAGGACUCGGCAGAACUUCUGGAGCUGGCCAUGGAGAUAUCAGAAGUGUGCUAUCGCUGAGGAGAGAUGGCUGCCAUUGCAUUGUGGGCCAGUUGUUCUCAUUUAGUUUGUCACGCUGCCACCUUGCUGCAGACUUGCCUACGGUUCAAGUAUGAAUAAAGACACUUAUGUAUUACUUCACGUCCCCCUGCCGCUCGGACACCUUGUCUGCAAAGUGGCAGACGUCAGUGAUGAAUGAUUUCAUCUUCUGCAGAGGGUCGAAUGGGACAAAAUUAAAUAAAUAAAUACAUGGCUAAAUUGAUACUUAAAUGUGUCAUUAAUACAUUUGAAAUUAAAUAAAUACAUGUGUUAUUAAUGUAUUUAAUAAUGUAUUUAAUGUAAAAUUACAUUUAAUCAUUAAAUUAAUUCAGUUAUUUCACAAUUUUACAAUCUCUAAUUAUUUCAGUAUUUAAUCAUUUGUACUAUCCAUCCAUCCAUUUCUACCGCUUAUUCCCUUCCGGAGUCGCGGGGGGCGCUAGCGCCUAUCUCAGCUACAAUCGGGCGGAAGGCGGGGUACACCCUGGACAAGUCGCCACAUCACCACAGAGCCAACACAGAUAGACAGACAACAUUCACACUCACAUUCACACACUAGGGCCAAUUUAGUGUUGCCAAUCAACCUAUCCCCAGGUGCAUGUCUUUGGAAGUGGGAAGAAGCCGGAGUACCCGGAGGGAACCCACGCAGUCACAGGGAGAACAUGCAAACUCCACACAGAAAGAUCCCGAGCCCGGGAUUGAACCCAGGACUAUUCAGGACCUUCGUAUUGUGAGGCAGACGCACUAACCCCUCCACCGUGACUAGUCCUUCAAAAUAUAUUUCAUUAUUUCACGAUUUAAUACUUUGUAAUUUAUUUAACCAUUUCAAAAUUAUAUUUUUCAAUAUUCCCUGAUUUUAUUAUUUCUUUCCAAAAUAAAAGUUUCUUGAAUUAAUUAUGUAUUUAAAUAUUUCAAUAUUUAAGGGGUUACUUAAUUAUUUCAAAAUUUGAUUAACAAUUUUUGGAUUUGAAGAUGUAUUUAAAAA